GAAGAAAAUCUUGAUGCCUUAUAUCGCUGAUCUCUCUAUAUAUAUAUACUGGUCCGCUACAUGCAUCGCUGUAUCCCUGUUCGACCAUAUUACUAGACUAGAUACUAGCUGCUAGCUGAACCUUUUAUCAAUUAAUUAAUCUCCCAGCCUUUAGAGUUAGAAUCUUCAAUGGCUUCCAAUGGGGAGGCGGCAUUUGCUACCAACUAUCUGGUGCUAGAUCCGAAGGAAGCCACAGUCUUCGAUCUCCUUCGUUUCUUGCUCUCCAGCCGUGCAGACAAUAGAAGAUUUAUUUUUUCCCCAAGAGGGACGAGAUUACCAUUCCCUAAAAGGGUGGUCAUAGUUGGCUCUGUCGUGAUGCAACUUAUCUUGUUCAUGUUAGCAGGACCGCUAGCAUUGUUUGGGUAUGCACUCGAGCAGGGGCUUAACCUGCUGCACGUGAAUGGCGGUUUUAUGGGGCUUAUCUUCAGAAUCCUUCGGGGGCGCCGACCAGUACAAGCCCCAGAUAGAGAUUCGCCCAAGUUCCUGUCGCUGAUUGGACUUUCAGACAACCGGGAAGAGCUGGAUGCUAGCAUCCCAAUUGACGAUGCGAGAUAUAAUUCGGCUCUCGCAAUAAUGGCUGCCAAAGUCGUUUACGAGAACCCCGCUCAUAUCGAAUAUGUGGUCUCGAAAAUCUGGAAGAUGGAAUUCAUGGGAUUUUACGAUUUCUGGAACGCUUUCCAAAGGAAACCGACAACACAAGCAAUGUUGUUUCGACAAAAUAAGGACUCGGACUCGGAACUGAUAUGUGUGUCCUUCAGAGGUACAGAACCCUUUGCUGCUGAAGAUUGGAUUACAGACAUGGAUCUCUCCUAUUUUGAACUCCCAAAAGUGGGGAGGGCGCAUUCUGGAUUCAUGGAAGCUCUUGGUCUACAGAGGGGCAGUGGUUGGCCCAAGGACCUACCCCAAUCUACUAGGCAAUACGCUUACUAUACCAUCCGGGAAAUUCUGAAAGAUGCUUUGAAAAACAAUCCCAAGGCUAAAUUUAUAGUGACAGGUCACAGCUUGGGUGGUGCACUAGCAAUCCUGUUUCCAUCCAUUUUGGCGUAUCACGAAGAAAAGGAUCUGUUGGACCGAUUAGACGGGGUCUACACUUUUGGUCAACCAAGAGUUGCAGAUUCCAGAUUUGGAGCAUUCGUGGAACAAAACCUGGAGGGCAGCACGCGCAAGUACUUUAGGAUCGUUUAUUGCAACGAUCUUGUGCCUAGAGUCCCUUGGGACAAUUCAUGGAGCGAUUUUCAGCACUUUGGAAAGUGUAUCUACUUCAACAGCCUUUACAGGGGCGAUAUUGUUGAUGAAGUACCAAACAAGAACUACUUUUCAAUCUUCAUGUUCAUGCCCAAAAAAAUGAUCUCUGCUUGGGAGCUGAUGAGAGGAUUUGGGAUGGGAAUGUUUAUGGGACCUGAAUACAAGGAAUUGAAGGUUAUGCGAGCGGUUCGACUGAUGGGCCUCUUCGGGUUGGCUGGCCUGCCAGCACAUGCUCCUCUAGAUUAUGUCAAUUCCACAAGGUUUGCGUCCCCGAAUUUGUACACUUCCAAGCCAUGGCUUGGCCAAUAAAAAGACCCAAGGACAAUUGGUUCUCCGUAAUCGAUUUUCAUGCAAACGACGGCCCAAUGGUUUAAAAGCAUACUUUCAAGCGGGUGAAAAAAAAAAAAGUAUGCUUGGGCCUGCAGGAUUGCUGCAUGGCUUUGUACUUUGCUUUAGUGUGUUGCAAUGCACGGCGGGCUCAAGCAUGUGCUGGCAGUUCGUUUAGUGUUUUAAGAGAACUUAGUACUGUGUUAAAAGCAUGUGCUUGUUUGGCUGCUUGUUGAAACAUUUUGUAUUUUACUGUACUUAUAUCCAUUUAGUGUUUCCACUAACAUAAUUGGAGUUCUAAUUGUGACAAUUAUUAGCGGA